UUCCCCCGCCGGACAGCGCUCGCUUUUUGUGAACUCGUUGCAUUUCUGCUUAUCGGGAUAGCCUGCAGCCUUUUCUAUCCUUCAGAUGACGGGUGACACACUCAAGGCAUUUCCCUCCUGUGCUUAGAACAAAGCAGAGAAGGGACACCGGAGACGAGUGCCGUUAUCGAAAAUUUCCCUGGUAGUGAAGGGGAAAAUUUUGACGUUUCGUGGGGACGUGUUUGGAUACGAUGGAGGAUUCCCCAACGCCUUCAGUUGGAACUUGUGUAAAGAAGGAAGUAAUAGUAGCAAACAUGAAGGCGGAUUAUAUCCCACAUUCGAUUGAAGUGACGCAUUUUGCCACAGCUAGUAUGGAGGGCCAGGGCUUGAGCAUCCCAAGUCUUGAUGAUUCCGAAAAUGUACCAGCAGAGAUGGUUGUGUCUGUGGAAGAGCAAGUUCACAACUCUAGUGAAGCUGAAGAUGCAGAGCUAAAACAUCGCCCUGACAAGAAAAGGAAAAUACGAGUUUAUAGUCAGAAGUUUCGCAAGGAUUGGUUACACUUGAGAGAAUUCCAAGGAUGGUUAGCAGAGGGAAGUGCAGUAGAGAGAGCUUACUGCACAGUAUGCAACAAGGAAUUAACAGCAGGAAAGUCAGAAUUGCUGAAACAUGCAAUGGGAAAGAAGCACAAAAAGAGAAUGGCAGAAGCAGGCUCACAUGUCACUGUUUCUUCAGACUUAUCAAGUGUUCUUGAUGAAACUGGAAUUCCACAUGUUUUGCGUAUUGUUGAUAUGCGAAGUGACACAGUUACCCAACCAAGCAGAGAAAUGAAGGAAGCCAUGUUUGAUGCACCAGUUGGUGAUGACGUUUUUUCUGAAGAUUCAACUGUUAAAGCUUUAGAAGAGAAAGUUGCCAAAUUAUUAGAAAAGGAGGCAGCUUUGUAUGUUCCAUCAGGCACUAUGGCAAAUCUUGUGUGUGUUUUAACACACUGUUGGAGCCGGGGUUCAGAGAUUGUUGUUGGGGAUCAGAGUCACCUAAAUCUUUGGGCGCAGAGAGGAGUUCCACAGAUUGGUAGUAUCCACCAUCGAACCAUUAAAAACCAUCCUGAUGGGACUUUUUCAUUACAAGAAUUGCGAUCACUAGUUCGAGAUGAUGACCCACACUGGCCUGUCACAACCCUAGUCUGUGUGGAGAAUACCCACAACUUGAUGGGAGGGAAGGCUCUACCUCUCCAGUGGCUGGAUGAUCUUGGAGCUCUGUGCAGUGAGAUGAACUUGCUAUUACACAUGGAUGGAGCUCGAUUAGUCAAUGCUUCAGUGGCUCUAGGGAUGAGCCCUGCCCGACUGGUUCAGUCAUGUGACUCUGCAACUCUGUGUCUUAACAAGGGGCUUGGAGCGCCUAUGGGAUCUCUUGUUGUGGGUACCAAAGAAUUUAUAGCAAGAGCCAUAAGAGUAAGAAAAGUAUUGGGAGGUGGCUUACAUCAGGCAGGAAUGUUUGCUGCAGCUGGCAUAUAUGCUAUUGACCACGUAACUCCAAGAUUGUCUUGGGAUCACACACAUGCCAGAGCAAUUGCACAGAGUGUUUCAGAAGAGCAUAGUAGUGCAGUCACAGUAGAUCUUAAGGAUGUUCAGACAAAUGUUGUCAUGCUUCAUUGUGAUAAUAUCAGAGUCAAUGCUAAGAAGCUGUGCCAGAGACUUUCUUCUGUAACAGACACAGAAACAGAUGACCUCGGAGAACAAGUGAUAGUGCUGAUGUCUCCUGUAUCUGAUACAACAGUCAGGCUUAUGACACACUGUGAUGUCAAAAAGGAAGAUGUAAAGGCAGUCAUUAAGAAGCUUAAAUAUAUAAUUCGGGAGUAUGACAAUAUGAUGUAUUUGGAAUACAAGAUUAGUGUAUAAGAUUAAAAUCUUGCAUCAGCACCCUUUAAUAUUUUUUCCAUGAGUUUCUCUAUUGCAUUGUAAGUAACUGAUAAAUGUUAAUGUCUACAGUAUUAAUUUCGUUCAUAUAUGACAUGUUUGAGUGGUUACUUCACUGAUGUUAAAGUUUUACUGAGAAUUUUCUUGUUACAAUAUGCAUUUAGGUAUAUGUCAUACAUAUUUUUAUAACAGUGAUUUAUGUUCAUAUUAUAUAUUUAAUUAAUGUAAGGUUUCUGAAAUUUUAAUUCUUUAAAUUGUAUGUGAUUACCAAAAUACCUGAAGCUUAAAGGAACAUUUAGCCAGAAUGAAUUUGCACAUAUAAUGAAAAAGACUCAAGAGCUGUGAUAUUUAAUGAUGAUGUGCCUUUUAAAUGUUCUCACAAGAAGCUAUAGAACAAAGUAUUAACAUUAAGGCAUUCUUGUAAAUAAAUAUGUUUUAUGACAAUUAA